AUGAGCAGACGGGGGGGUUUUCGACCAAGCGCCCAAGGUUCCAAAACGGAUAAUUGGCGCCAAGGUCAAGGAAACCAAGGUUGGAACUAUGGCAAUUACAACUGCGAUGGUCAAUAUGUCCGGGAUGAGAACUACAAUCGCGACAACAAUUACAAUCGAAACAACUAUGGCAACAAAAAUGAUCGGGCUGGACCUUAUGUUCCUCCUCAAAAUAGGGAUUCUGCUCCUACAAAAGCUGGAGGUAAUAUGUCAUGUAUUGAGGAUAUGAUGCAGAAAAUAAUGAGGAGGUUUGACGCAACUAAUGAGAAUGUGAAGGAGAUGCGAAAUGAGUUGUCCGAAAUUAGCCAGAAAGUUGAUGCCCAUGUAGUGUCGAUAAAGCAGCUUGAGCAGCAGUUUAGUCAAUUGUCUGCUACCGUGAAUACACGCCAGCCGGGCACAUUGCCCAGCAACACCAUCCAAAAUCUGAAAAAUGAUGGGCAUUGUAUGGCAAUCACGACUCGUGGAGGAAAGCAGACUAUUGAAAUGGUAGAAAAAGGUGAUGAUGAGAUUGAGGUGACUGGAGAGUCCAAGAAUGCUACAGAGAAAGAAGCGGAGAAAACCCAAAAGGUCGUCCCCAUGCCUAGACCUCCACCUUCUUUCCCACAGAGGUUAGUGCAGAAGGAUGAAGAAGGAAAGUACCGCAGGUUGCAGCAUUGUAGUGCCAUUUCUACGAGGUCACUGGUACAAAAGAACGAGGAUCCUGGAGCUUUCACUAUUCCAUGCACCAUCGAUAAUAUGCACUUUGCAAUAGCUUUGUGUGAUUUGGGUGCCAGCAUUAACUUGAUGCCAUUGCCAAUUUAUAAGAAGUUAGGUUUAGGAGCUCCAAAACCAACUGCGAUGCGUUUACUUAUGGCUGAUAGAACUGUGAAGAAGCCCAUUGGAGUGCUUCAAGAUGUCCCUGUGAAAGUGGGGCCAUUCAUUUUUCCGGCAGACUUUGUUAUACUUGAUUGCAAGGUUGACUUUAAGGUCCCCAUCAUUUUAAGGAGACCAUUCCUUGCUACUGGGCGUGCCUUAGUCGAAUGGAAAGAGGGCAGAUGA